AUGAGCAGUUCCAAGCCAGGCUUCAAUCGUGGACUUUCCUUAGAAGACUUGGUCAAUCAUGACGAUGGUUCUGAUGCUAACACCGACGAUAAACGCAAGGGUUCUCAGACAUUGAACCCCAUCCCCGCUGAAGAAAUCAAGAAAAGACUGAGUGUUGAUGGCUCUGUCAGCGAAGGCAACGGGAAUUCUCAUAGCGUCCCUGAAGGAGGCAGUAAGAACGGACGGAGUAAAAACGGAGCCAGAGGGGAAUCUGGAAAUGAUGAAGAAACCGACACAGACGAUGAUGUGGGCGGUUCCGGUGAUAUAGUCUUUGAGACUGGAGACUUCAAGUUUGAUUACGAAAAGCAAGAGCAAGAGCAAGAUGCCAAUUCAAGUAAGAGAGCAGAUAAGCCACAAACGGCCCAAAAUAUCGGGAAGCCGGUGAAAUUGGAGGAUACUACAAAAACCGAAGAAGCAGUGAAACCACUCGAGGGACAUUCAGCUUUUCCCAAGAAAACAAAGUUUAAGACCGAUUCUGAUAUCAAAGACAUAUUUCAGGAAAAAUCCACUCUGCAGUCUAAAAGAAACGCCAUAAAGAAGGACCUGAAUGUUCUGAAUGAAAUUGCGGCCACAGCGAAACCCAGCAGAUACAACUUGGCACCAAUAUGGGCCCAAAAAUGGAAACCUACGGUGAAAGCACUCCAAAGUAUCGACACCAAAAACCUCAACAUCGACGCUUCCUUCACGAAUGUUAUUCCGGACGACGAUCUCACUAAGUCUGUUCAAGACUGGGUUUAUGCUACCAUAGUCUCCAUACCGCCAGAUCUAAGACAAUACAUUGAAAUGGAAAUGAAGUUUGGAAUUAUUGUAGAAAGAAGUGACACUAACAGAGUAUGCCCGCCUGUCUCCUCUCAAACCGUGUACACAGAAAUGGAUGCUCACUUGACUCCAGAUGUAGAUGAAAGAGUUUUCAUUGAGAUCAACAAAUACAUCAAAGGUAUUUCCGAACUGAGUGAGUACACGGGCAAGUUUAACAUUAUCGAGUCUCACACAAAAGACUCCUUAUACCGCGUAGGAGCUUCUACGCAAAGACCGCGCUUCUUAAGAAUGAGCCGAGAUGUGAAAACUGGAAGAGUAGGCCAGUUUAUCGAGAAAAGACACAUAAGUCAGCUACUAUUAUUUUCACCCAAGGAUAGCUACGAUGUCAAGAUAUCUAUUAAUUUAGAGUUACCAGUACCGGACAAUGAUCCUCCAGAAAAAUACAAAGACAAUACACCGGUGAAUACCAGGACGAAACAACGUAUUAGUUACAUUCACAACGAUUCGUGUACGAGGAUGGACAUCACCAAGGUAGCCAAUCACAACCAGGGCGUAAAGCAAAAGCAUACGGAGGACACUCACGAGAUAGAAUUAGAAGUCAACACUGCAGCUUUACUAAGUGCUUUUGAGAAUAUCACGCAAAACAACAAAGAGUACGCGUCGAUUCUUAGAACCUUUUUGAACAAUGGUACAAUUAUUAGAAGAAAGCUAUCAGCCCUUUCAUUCGAGAUCUUUGAGGGUCAGAAGAAAGUCUAA